AUGACAGACUACACCGGUCAACAUCCCAAAGGCCCUGAUCCUUCAACCCUCGAUGGCACCACCCAAGGCAGAAAAUCCUUGUCCCCCACCACCUCCCAACUCCCCAGUCUUAAGAUAAGACUUCAGAAGGCUUUGCGACAAUUUCCCGAUUUUCCUUCUCCCGGAAUACUCUUCGAAGACAUCCUACCUAUCUUUCAAGAUCCUGCUUUACACGAGACGUUCAUCCAUGCGCUCGAACUUCAUGUCAUCGAAAUCUACGGCCAAGAUGAUAAACCAGAUGUCAUCGCUGGGCUGGAGGCCCGAGGGUUUCUCUUCGGACCAAGCCUAGCACUGAGAUUGGGUGCAGGAUUUGUACCCAUUCGCAAGAGGGGAAAGCUGCCUGGUCCAACUGAAACCGCAGCUUUCGAAAAGGAGUACGGCGCAGACCAUUUCGAAAUACAGAGCGACGCCAUCAAGAAAGGGCAGAAAGUUCUCGUCGUUGAUGACAUUAUCGCUACUGGAGGAUCUGCUGCUGCUGCAGGCCAACUAGUACAGAAACUGGGAGGACGCCUGCUUGGAUUCGUCAUGAUACUCGAACUCGACUUCUUACACGGCCGUGACAAGCUGCCUGCGCCUUGCUACACCCUACUCUCUAGCCAGUCCGCAUCUGUUGCCUCCGAACCUUCCUGA